AUGGAAAACAACAACAACAAAAGCCAAAAAAUGAAUUCUGAAACUGGCCCCUCUUCCAAUCACAGCACUAGGGAGAACAUGCUUCAGUUCGAUUUAAAUGAACUUCCUGAUUCUGAUUAUUCUGAGGAUUCUGCGGAGGAUUUUCAUGUGGCAACAAGAGAAGAUGCAGCUCCUCAAGAUGAUGAUGAAGUUCAGAAAUCAGCAUCUGAUUUCUCAUUCCCUAUUCUCGAAGGACGUGUUGCUUCAGAAGAUGAAGUGAGUGUGGAAAACUAUAAGAAUCCAGUGGUGAACUCAGAUGAAAUUCGUAGGGCUUUGAAAGGGAAAAUGCCUAUGAAUUGUUCUGAAGGAGGUUGUUCCAAAGAAGCUGCUGCUUAUAUUGAUGCCGCCGCUGCUGUUCUUGGUGAUGAUGAUGAUGAUGAUGAAGUAGUGAAAGAUAUUUCAACUGAUGAGGAUGAUGAAGUUCCUUCCGGCGAUGAAGGCAGUGCCAUUGAAGGAAUCUUGAUGCUUCAUGAACAAGAUCAUAAUGCUGCUAGUGGAUCUUGUCCUCAAAGUUGCAGCAAGAGAAAAAGAGAUUUCUCCGAAUACUACAAACCACCUUCCACUAGGAUUGGUGGAGCUGGACCGAAAACUGUGAUCCAAGUCGAAAGCAACCAAGAUAUAGUUGAUGAUGGUUAUCGCUGGCGCAAAUAUGGACGCAAAGAAAUCAAAGGAAACCCUAAUAACCCUAGGGGAUACUAUAGGUGCACAUCACAAACUUGCGCUGCAAGAAAACAAGUUGAGAGGGAUGCGAAAAACUCAAAGUAUGUCAUUGUUUCAUAUGAAGGAAUACAUAACCAUGGAUUACCACCCAUCAAACAAAAGAUCCCACCACCACCACCACCACCAGUACCAGCACCAACACCAGCACCAGCACCAGCACCAACACCAACACCGUUAAGCAAUACCACUACACCUGCAGUUCAUCCGAAUACGAGCAAGCCAUCGCGACCAAUACUUCCAUAUCCAUCUGCUAACUCUCUCCCCCCUUACCCUCACUAUGGAAACUUUGGAUUUUUUCCCGGUUACAGACCUUAUGGGAUGAUGAACUAUAUGUGGCCUAAUAACAAUCAUUUCUACAACAUACCUCAUAAGAGUAACAUGGCUGUUCCAUCUUAUGGCACCGUUAGUCCUUUAAAUUUUCAGAACCAUUUUUCUACUUCUUUUGCUAACCCUCAAAAUUCUAUACCUGGGCCUGCUACUGGUAGAGCGACACCUUUUUCUGGUUUUCCAAUAUCACCAUCACUUCCACCUUUUGAUACUGUACCUUAUGGUCAUGAUUAUCUUCAUAUUCGUGGGUAUACUACUUCUGCUGCUGCAGCUGCUGCUACUACUGCUCAACUCUUUCCUUUGCGAGAACCUACUACUGCUCAACUCUUUCCUUUGAGUGAUCCUACCACCCCAGCUGAGGAAGAAGACAAGGAUGUUGUUCCUGAAAAAUGAAUGAUAUUUAGGUUACCUAGUAGUAUUGUAGUGUUGUCUUUUAUUUAUAGCUUGGCACAACAAUGGAACAAUUCCAUUGGCUUUAAG